AGCACAACUAUUUGAAAAUCUCUGAGAACUUGGAUCUGUUUUUCUGUCUGGUACCAAAGCAAGAUUUUCUCUGAGCUCUCAUGAAAGAUCCUCAGUCUAUUGUGGAUUUAGAAUUCUGGAGCAACCCCCACCCCAGAGCAAGAGCCAGAGAUGUUUGUCUUGCUCUAUGUUACAAGUUUUGCCAUUUGCGCCAGUGGACAACCGCGGGGUAAUCAGUUCAAAGGAGAGAGCUACUCCCCAAGGUAUAUCUGUAGCAUUCCUGGCCUGCCUGGGCCUCCAGGCCCCCCUGGAGCGAAUGGUCCCCCCGGGCCCCAUGGUCGGAUCGGCCUUCCAGGACGAGAUGGUAGAGACGGCAGGAAAGGAGAGAAAGGUGAAAAGGGGGCUGCAGGUUUGAGAGGUAAGGCUGGACCCCUGGGCCUUGCUGGAGAGAAAGGGGACCAAGGAGAGACUGGGAAGAAGGGACCCAUAGGACCUGAGGGAGAGAAAGGAGAAGUAGGUCCUCCUGGGCCUCCUGGACCAAAAGGAGACAGAGGAGAGCAAGGGGACCCGGGGCUGCCUGGAGUGUGUAGGUGUGGAAGCAUCGUGCUCAAAUCUGCCUUUUCUGUUGGCAUCACAACCAGCUACCCAGAAGAAAGGCUGCCAAUUAUAUUUAACAAGGUCCUCUUCAACGAGGGAGAGCACUACAACCCUGCAACGGGAAAGUUCAUCUGUGCCUUCCCAGGGAUCUAUUAUUUUUCUUAUGAUAUCACAUUGGCAAAUAAACACCUGGCCAUUGGGCUGGUACACAAUGGGCAGUAUCGGAUAAAGACCUUUGAUGCCAACACAGGAAACCAUGAUGUGGCUUCAGGGUCCACAGUCAUCUAUCUGCAGCCAGAAGAUGAAGUCUGGCUGGAGAUAUUCUUCACUGACCAGAAUGGGCUCUUCUCAGACCCAGGUUGGGCUGACAGCUUGUUCUCUGGAUUUCUCCUGUAUGUUGACACGGAUUAUCUAGACUCCAUAUCAGAAGACGAUGAGCUCUGAUGAGAACUGCUGGUCUGAAAUGUCCCAAGAUCCUUAUGGCAGACACUUUGAUUUAAUCUGGGGCCCUGGAAGUUGGAAGGAGUGGAAAUGAGAUCCAGAAAGACACCCACUCAGAUUCCAGAGCAUUUACAGACAAUUCUAGCAGAAUCUGUUAACACAAGUUGAACCAGCAAACCAUUGAAACCACACUAAAAUGAA